UCACAAUAUUAAGCUUCUAUUUUUCAAAUGGAGAGAAAUACCAAAUCUCGUAGGCAACUUGUUGCAAUGAAACAGUCUCUCUUUGACCAGGGAUUACUUGAUGAACAAUUUAUCCAACUAGAAGAAUUACAAGAUGAUGCUAAUCCUAACUUUGUCGAAGAAAUUGUCACUCUUUACUACCGCGAUUCACUUCGUCUUAUUACAAGCAUAGAACAAGCUUUAAAAGAGAGGAACAUGUUGGAUUUCAACAAACUAGACACCCUUAUGCAUCAGUUCACAGGAAGUAGUUCAAGCAUUGGAGCCAAAAAGGUGAAAGCUGAGUGCAAUCUCUUUAGGGAAUAUUGUAGUGCUGGAAAUAUUGAAGGAUGCCUGAAGAGUUUUCAUCAAUUAAAAAAAGAAUAUGCUUCACUAAAAAAGAAGCUUGAAGCUUAUUUUCAGUUGGCUAGGCAAGUUGGGGACUUGGAGGCAGAGUGUCACUCCAAGUGAUGAAGACAUUGAUAUGAAAUAUGCUUAUAUGAUAUGAUAAGGGCAAUUGGGCAAAUAUAAGUGGUGAAUUUUGUAAUAAUAUAUGAAAGAAAAUAUAUUCACCAUAUAUAAGAGAAUAUGAAAGUGAUGUUGCCCUAUUUAAGAUAUUUU